AGAUUUAAAUUAAAUAAAAUCCGACUGAGCAAAGUCAUGAAAAACGAAUCGUCCAAAUUAUGCAUAUGCCAGAUAUGUAACUGUGGUCGGCAUAAAUGCCCACACCAAAAACGUAAAACUCAGAUAACUAAACCAUGUGAAAUUUCUGAAUAUACUACACAAUAUAUUACUCAUAAGCUUACACCAGUGGAAUCAUGUAAACCACCUCAUAAAGGUGUACAAGCUGAAGGUCAUAUGGCGUCGGAUACUACACACCGUGUUGAUUUUGUACCUCAUCCACUGAGUAUUCAAAAUAGUUGCAGAAAAGAAGCACAAUAUCAACCACCACAGGGAACAUUCGAUGGUUUAACUACAUAUACAAAGGAAUAUACUGGUAAACCAGGUCAGCUGGUUUUCCCAGUUAAACCAACUAUUAGAAAAGGUUCCACAGCCAAAUUUGAUGGUGAAGCCACCUAUACUGCUGACUAUAGACCAUGGAAAUUGGAAAGACGUGAACUCGCCACAGGCAGAGAAUCGAACUGGCCGAAACCUAGUCUACCAUUUUCUGGAACUCCCACUUAUACAUCUGAUUAUGUUGCGUAUAAUGCAAAACCUCCAAUCAGUUGUAAACCGAUGCAGUGUUUCCUUGAAAAUCAAACACCAUUUCCAGAUAGUACUGAUUAUCGUGAUUCAUAUCGUACAUUAGAUUUAUCAGAACGAGCCCGUCCCAUCAAAAAUGUUGAGCAUACACAUAAAGUUACUGUACCAAUGGAACACUUAUCAACACAUAUGCAUGAUUAUUAUUGGAAGACUAUGAUACCAUCAGCCUCAUGUAAACCGGAAUAUACGGGUAUUCAAAAUAAUGAACCAUUUCAUAAAGACACAACUCAUCGAAUUGACUAUAAAGCUUGGGAACUAACCGAUAGAAUUGCGCCUAUCUCGGCUAAUCAUGCGUCAACGUAUCCCGAACCAUUAGGAAAAAUAUGUUCUGAUACAACCUAUAACAAAGAUUAUAUACCGUUUGGAUUGCAGAAUCGUCAAGCAAUUCAUCAAGUAGAUAAAAUCGGUCGUGGCGUUGAACUACCACCAUUUCAGGUGGUAUUCGUUACGGAUCGGAGUACCAGUAAAAACCAGCGUAAACUGGAAAUUUACUUCGUCCAACGAUAUGAAUUUCGAAGAGUUCACAAUAACUACCACACCUGAGACUAAAUGAAGAACGUUCAUAUCUCAUACUGGAUAAUCAUCGAGCUAAUUAAUUCGGAAGUACGAACAGUUAGAUUCCAAACCAAUGUUCUAAAGGUCAAUCCCUCACCUACAGACCUGAAAAUCCCAGGUACGAUCGCUUGAAACUUUUUAAGGGUGAUCUGUUGAGAAGUCUCAUACUGCAUGGAAAUUCCUAUUCAGUGUUUCAGGAUUUUCGAUGGUUCCAUGAGUAAUGUAAUUCCGCGACGAAUACCACAAACAAAUACUAAGAAGUACUUUUUCCAUACUGAUACAAGUAAUUGUUUUGAUUUAUUCAAAUGUGUGCGUAUCGGAGUUUGGUAAGAUCUAAUUUCUCCCUCUCUGUUUCUCAAAGUUCAAUAAUCUCGUGAUCUUUCUUUUAAUAGAAACGUUCAUUUACUUGCGAAUGAUUUUAUCAUAUAUAUGCCCACGUUUUCCUUCACAAACUGCUUCAAUAUAACCGGCCUCUUAGUUAACGUUGAACGAUCAAAUUAAAAUAGUUCAUUUAUUUCUUAAACUCUUGAUUUUAACAGCUGACAAGAAUCUCGCUAAAUUCAUAUGACUUCUAUAUUACUGAUAAGUUUUUUAUAAAAAUUAGUGCCAAAUAUUAUUUAAUAUCAGAAGGGGUUUUGAGGAUAUUAUAGUAAUUUUAAUAGUUGAGAUCAUGAGUCAAUUGAAGCUAAUCCACCAUGGAAAACCUGGAAGCACUGGAUGGCCGUUUCGUCCUAUUGUGGGAGUCCGCAGCAGUGAGUAUCCACGAUCUCGCCUUGCGAGCUUCAAACCCAGGACCUAUCAGUCUCGCGAGUGAGCUCUAGAAAUCAUAGAGUAGUUUUCAAAGCUGUUUUAUCUAAUUUUAGGCAAGACAAUGUGGAUCCUUAUUGUUUAGUUGCAGCCAAUUUCUGAAAUAAAUAUUAACUUAAAGUUAUUAGUGGCUUUUGUGGUCUCUUAGUUUGUGACAAGAAUAUUUGUCUUAAUGUUAUUAAGAAUAGAAUAUGAAAAAAGUUAUCCUCUGUUAUUUUUUUAGAAACAUGAUAAAUGUAUACAUGCUUUGCUUCUUAAAUUAUGGUGAAAAGUUUUCCAAUUCCAAAUAACAGUUUAAUUUAUUUAUCUACUAUUGCUAUUAUAAUUAGGGAGUUUCUGAUUAUAAAGACAGUUAUCGGUGUUGGGCAAUUGAACCACCAGUCAAAGGUUUAGGUAGAGAAGCAACUUAUACUAUACCGAAUGUAAAAUUUGAAGGUAAAAGUACCACAAAUGAUCAUUAUGUGCCUCAUUUAAAUUAUCGACCACCGGAAUCUUUCAAACCACAUGGUCAAGUUACAGCUAAUCAAACGCCAUUCGAUGAUGCAACUUUAUAUCGUAUGGAAUAUACACCGAAACACUUGGAACCUUGUCCAGCUAGUUUACUUAAUACUGGACUAAGCAAAUAUGUUUAUUCUGAAACGAGUGAUACGGGACACGAAAUCUAUCGUAGAGCAUCCAAUUCUUCAUCACUAACUAAUGGUCAAUAUUCUAAGCAAAAUUUGAUUACAAUUCCAAAUGAACCGUUAACAGUAGCAAAUUGAAUAAAUAAAACAAAAACCUGAAAUUCUCUUUAUUCUCUUUUUUUGCUUGGAGAUAUAUAACUCUUUAAAAAGCUUUCAUUAAUACCAUUGAGAGCUAAUUAAUAGCAUAUUUUCUCAAUGAACGGUAGACUUUACCUUUGAAUGCUUUAUAUACAUAUAUACUACUCAAUGUUCCAUAGUCCUAUACUGUUAUAAUCAACUCUGAGCAAAAAGAUUCUUUUGUUUUAUCUUAUUUUGCUGAAUUAUGGUUUUAGUGACUUAUCAUUUUAUUACUUUGUUAGUAGUGUUAUUUUUUAUUCAGAGCACUUAAUUUAUCUUAUUUGUCACCGAUAUUAUUUUUGUUUAAAUUGCGCCUUAAAUCAAAAGUCAAUUGUCUGUUUGUUUGUUUGUCCCAAUCGCUUUCACCUCCCUUCUUUUUUAUUCACUUUUCGUUCGAAAAAAACAAUUGUGUUUUCAUUUAAACACUUUUUUCUUUUUCAGUUGUUGUCAUUUUUUGUUUUGAACUACCUGGAAUAUGAUAUUUCAUCAGUUUUACUGACCAUAUCUUCAUACAUUAUGUAGACAUUUAAAUGUAUACACAGAGAGAAAUAUUUACGAAUUGCUGAUAUUGGUCAGGAAAAUGAACUGCACAAAUUCAAGUUUCGAAAGUAAUACACUUUUUAGCAUACUACCAUACGUGUCCAUCGUUACUGACGUAAUAAUAAUAGUAAUAAUAAUAAUAAUAAUAAUAAUAGUCAGU